GGUCGAGGAGGGAAAGGCAGUAUCUACGUGUGGGCCUCUGGAGACGGCGGUAGCUAUGACGACUGUAACUGUGAUGGUUACGCCUCCAGCAUGUGGACCAUCUCCAUCAACUCAGCUAUCAACGAUGGCCGCACGGCUCUGUACGACGAGAGCUGCUCCUCCACCCUCGCAUCCACCUUCAGCAAUGGACGCAAGAGGAACCCUGAGGCUGGCGUGGUGAGUGUGUGAGAAAGAGAGAGAGAGAGAGAGAGAGAGAGAGAGAGAGAGAGAGAGAGAGAGAGAGAGAGAGAGAGAGAGAGAGAGAGAGAGAGAGAGAGAGAGAGAGAGAGAGAGAGAGAGAGAGAGAGAGUACUCGCAUGCGUGUAUGGUUGACCAAGUUCAUAUCAUUGUUAUCCUCAGUCUGAGUACAUUGAGUACACUGAGUGCUCAGAUUUGUACGAUUUCCAUCCUUGAAUCCAACCCAACAAAGACAAGGUUGCAUAAUGACAUGGUCUUUUCAGCCAACUUUCCAUUGUUCUGUGUCGCUACGAGACAUUAACUAUUCACUGAAGACUGAAUACCUGUCCUUAGUUGUAUGCAGUCUUUCUCUGUGAUUGAUUGAGGGAUUGUUCUAUCCUCUUUCAUUUGAACAAUCCGCAGAGAUGCACGGCAUUCAAUCUAUUCCUUAUUCAGAUGUAUCUCAGCCCAUUCAGCAGAAGAAAGGCUCUGGGAUGAGACAAGGGAGGUUAUAAGCCUGUGAUUUCACUUUGGAUGUGAAAUACCAGGUGGAGAUUGAGGGGGCAGAUGUGUGAUCAGUUAUACAUCCAUCUUUCUAACACUGUGUAACAAAGAACAUCUGGGGUCCUCGAAAUAUCAGGCACUGAGAUAGACAGCUCACAAUCUAGUGGUCCCCGAUUAAGGUCCCCUCAUGGUCUAGUUUUCAUGGAUAAUAAAGGAAGAUAGAAAAGAGGACGGGAGGGAGAUUGUUAAACCCUUUUCAUCUAUGCUUACUGUCAAACAGGACAUACAAGUAUAAAAUAGGAUUUUGCUAUAAGGAAGAUGUAGACUAGACACAGUACAUUUUACUAUUGUUCCCCAUUUGUAGAUUGUAUGUGGUCUGGGAUUUGUUCAGGUUAUUGUUCUUGUUAGAAUACAUAGAAGAUAUAGAAGAUAUAUUGAGAACAAACUCUGUCACUGAAAUGAUCUGUAGGUCUAGAAGACAAGCCAGUUGCUCAACAACCCUGUGACUGUUUCAUAUCUGUCAUCAGAGUAGAGGAUUGGGACAAUGACUUAGCAGAGACAGAUGGGCUAUAACUGUCUGCUUUGUUGUUAUUACGGUAUUUAUCUGGGGAAUUGUGUCACCGGGCAGAGUUAUCACAAGACAAAGUGUGCAUCAUCUGUGCCAUAGAUAAAUGCUCUGAGAGAGAGAGAGCGAGAGAGAGAGAGAAGACCAUCUGACCUUGAUGGUCAUACUAUAGUCAUUCUGGUCAUACAAAUCCCUUUCACUUACUCUUUUGAGAUUUCUCUUGCCACUUUGCCCUACAGUAGCUUGUUCUUCUGUUUUUUUUUUGUUCUGUAAUUCGUAAUUCGUAGGCAACUUUUUAAGACUAUACAAAUACAAUUUGAUUUGAUCAUGUUCAGUCAAGGCUACUCAAUCACAGAGAAUAUUCUGACAAAUAAAUCCCCCUCUCAGUGUAUUGAUUUUAAAGAGAUGUCUCUCUCUUAUAUGAGAACCGCAUUUAGUGUUUUGACUUUCACCAGGAAGCCAAUGACGGUUGAGAGAGCCAGGAAUUCCCUCAUGGGCUUCUCUCUCUCUGACUAAUUGUAUAUGAUUACCUUAAUUACCUCGACUAACCGGUGCCCCCGCACAUUGACUUUGUGCCUGUACCCCCUGUAUAUACAGUGGGGGAAAAAAGUAUUUAGUCAGCCACCAAUUGUGCAAGUUCUCCCACUUAAAAAGAUGAGAGAGGCCUGUAAUUUUCAUCAUAGGUACACGUCAACUAUGACAGACAAAAUGAGAUUUUUUUUCCAGAAUAUCACAUUGUAGGAUUUUUAAUGAAUUUAUUUGCAAAUUAUGGUGGAAAAUAAGUAUUUGGUCAAUAACAAAAGUUUCUCAAUACUUUGUUAUAUACCCUUUGUUGGCAAUGACACAGGUCAAACGUUUUCUGUAAGUCUUCACAAGGUUUUCACACACUGUUGCUGGUAUUUUGACCCAUUCCUCCAUGCAGAUCUCCUCUAGAGCAGUGAUGUUUUGGGGCUGUCGCUGGGCAACACGGACUUUCAACUCCCUCCAAAGAUUUUCUAUAGGGUUGAGAUCUGGAGACUGGCUAGGCCACUCCAGGACCUUGAAAUGCUUCUUACGAAGCCACUCCUUCGUUGCCCGAGCGGUGUGUUUGGGAUCAUUGUCAUGCUGAAAUUUAAUAAUAAUUUGCCAUUUAGCAGACACUUUUAUUCAAAGCGACUUACAGUCAUGCGUGCAUAAAUGUUUUUGUGUAUGGGUGGUCCCGGGGAUCGAACCCACUACCUUGGCGUUACAAGCGCCGUGCUCUACCAGCUGAGCUACAGAGGACCAGCCACGUUUCAUCUUCAAUGCCCUUGCUGAUGGAAGGAGGUUUUCACUCAAAAUCUCACGAUACAUUCUUUCCUUUACACGGAUCAGUCGUCCUGGUCCCUUUGCAGAAAAACAGCCCCAAAGCAUGAUGUUUUCACCCCCAUGCUUCACAGUAGGUAUGGUGUUCUUUGGAUGCAACUCAGCAUUCUUUGUACUCCAAACACGACGAGUUGAGUUUUUACCAAAAAGUUAUAUUUUGGUUUCAUCUGACCAUAUGACAUUCUCCCAAUCCUCUUCUGGAUCAUCCAAAUGCACUCUAGCAAACUUCAGACGGGCCUGGACAUGUACUGGCUUAAGCAGGGGGACACGUCUGGCACUGCAGGAUUUGAGUCCCUGGCGGCGUAGUGUGUUACUGAUGGUAGGCUUUGUUACUUUGGUCCCAGCUCUCUGCAGGUCAUUCACUAGGUCCCCCUGUGUGGUUCUGGGAUUUUUGCUCACCGUUCUUGUGAUUAUUCUGACCCCACGGGGUGAGAUCUUGCGUGGAGCCCCAGAUCAAGGGAGAUUAUCAGUGGUCUUGUAUGUCUUCCAUUUCCUAAUAAUUGCUCCCACAGUUGAUUUCUUCAAACCAAGCUGCUUACCUAUUGCAGAUUCAGUCUUCCCAGCCUGGUGCAGGUCUACAAUUUUGUUUCUGGUGUCCUUUGACAGCUCUUUGGUCUUGGCCAUAGUGGAGUUUGGAGUGUGACUGUUUGAGGUUGUGGACAGGUGUAUUUUAUACUGAUAACAAGUUCAAACAGGUGCCAUUAAUACAGGUAACGAGUGGAGGACAGAGGAGCCUCUUAAAGAAGAAGUUACAGGUCUGUGAGAGCCAGAAAUCUUGCUUGUCUGUAGGUGACCAAAUACUUAUUUUCCACCAUAAUUUGCAAAUAAAUUCAUUAAAAAUCCUACAAUGUGAUUUUCUGGGAAAAAAAUUCUCAAUUUGUCUGUCAUAAUUGACGUGUACCUAUGAAGAAAAUUACAGGCCUCUCAUAUCUUUUUAAGUGGGAGAACUAGCACAAUUGGUGGCUGACUAAAUACAUUUUUUCCCCACUGUAUAUUGCCUCGCUAUUGUUAUUUUACUAUUGUUAUUUUACUGCUGCUCUUUAUAUUAUUAUUAUUAUUAUUACUUUUUACUUAUUCUUUCGUAAAACUGUAUUGUUGGUUAAGGGCUUGUAAGUAAGCAUUUCACUUUAAGGUCUACACCUGUUGUAUUCGGCGCAUGUGACAAAUAACAUUUGAUAUGAUUUGAUUUGAUCUCUAAUUAUCUGUAAUUAAAUUACUCAUUAUGAAUCACAUGUUUACUGAAGAAUUUGCAUUUUUGAAGUGUCCUCUUCUCUUCUCCACUCUCCAGGCCACCACGGACCUGUAUGGAAACUGCACCCUGCGCCACUCUGGGACAUCUGCAGCAGCUCCUGAAGCAGCCGGAGUGUUUGCCUUGGCAUUGGAGGCCAAGUAUGUACACACACACACACAUUACUAGUCAGUGUCUGAAGGUCUUACAAUUAGAGGAGAAUAUGGCUACAGCUGUUCUAACUCUAUUAACAUGGAUGAGAUGUGUUUCAUAACUUCAGCUCCACAUUGACUGAAACCAUGGCUGUGUCAUUACAAACUACCUAUUCCCUUCACUGUCUUUCUCUCCCAUAUUCUCUCUCUCUCUCUCUCUCUCUCCCCCCUCCAUUUCUAUCCUUCUCUCCAGACCACUUCAUAUGUUCCCUCUUCACAGAAUCACAUAUUUACCAAAGCUACCAUUAAACCAAAAGACCUACUCCAUGAAACAGGGAAAGCUGUUUGUUGUCUCGCCCAGUUAUUAUUAAUUCUCUGUGUUCAUGCCAGGGAUACAAAUCAUAUUUGGCCCGGCGUGUGUUCUUUAUACCUCGUUACAUGGCUGAAACACAAGGUUUAUAUUGUAGAUUUGGCCCAAAGUGCACGUUCAUGUUUUAUAAAUUACCGAAUGGCCCAUAUACAUGAACCAGAGCGACUCAGCGCUAGCUGGUGAUGUAAGAUGCUGGUGGAGUAUUCUCCCAGCAUAGCCAGCCGGGACGUGUAUGUCACGAUGUUGCCGAGUGAACCGGACAAAUACCUCAGCCCAUUUAGACAAUGAUAAAAUCCAUAAUUAAUAAUGCAUCAUUUUGUUUUGGGGUUUUAUUAUGUUCAACAAAGAUUAGCACUGUGGCAACAGCAACAUUUACGAGUCUUUCAUUUCAUACAUCAUGAAUUCACAGCCAAUGUGAAAACGUAGCUUCAUUUGGUCCUUAUGGUCUCGAAAAUGUAAAACAUAUGCUAGUGAAGUCAAUUGGCACAUUUGAUCUGAAUAAUAUAAUAGAUUUGACUUGAUCGUUACUUUAGUUACUGUGGGAGCAUGUAGGGUGGAGUCCUGCCACAGACCAGAGCUAGGCCAGGCUCCAGGGUACAGCUGCUCCCAGAAGGCUGGGAUAAGGUCCAAAAAACUAUAUAAAAGUAGUAUAUUCUGAACAUUCUAUCUCAAGUACAAGAAGCAAGUACAAGGGUUUCUAGACAGGUUUCACCCACUGUCCCCAAUCGUUUUCAAUCUUUUUAACUCAGACAGCCUUUUUGUCAUAUUAAGGGCUGGUGGUUUUGUUCUCUAUGCCAUUAGCCAAUGGCACAGACCAGGAUUGUGUAAAGAGAAGCUGUUUGCCUAACACACAAUAAUGAUGUUAGUGUCAGAGGCAGCGGAUGCUAGCACUGGCUAGAGGUAUAAAGCUGGUGUGUAUUAGUGAGUGCCGAGACCCUUUUUACUGGCCAAACACACUUGGACUGUGUGGUAUCAGGAUUCAGUGAGUCAGCACAGAAUAAAACUGUUGUUUCAGAGUAGAGGUAAGCAGUAGAGACGUGCUGCCAGCUGUCUCAAAGCAGACACCCUUUAAUGUUCACACAUCUGAGCCGUUAUCAUCAAAGUGUAUCAAGAGAUCAGACCUUCAUUCCAUUCAUCACUUUUAUGAUAAAAUGCACCAGAAUCCAUUCAGUCUCUUCUAUCGGAUGUGUUGAUCAUUUCCUUUACUUUGUGAUCUAGAAGGUGAAAGUAUUCACACCCCUUGGCAUUUCUCCUAUUUUGCUGCCUUACAACCUGGAAUUAACAUGGAUUUUUUUGUAUCAUUUGAUUUACACAACAUGCCUACCACUUUGAAGAUGCAAAAUAUUUUUGAUUGUGAAAUAAACAAGAAAUAACACAAAAAAACAGAAAACUUGAGCGUGCAUAACUAUUCACCCCCCCAAAGUCAAUACUUUGUAGAGCCACCUUUUGCAGCAAUUACAGCUGCAAGUCUCUUGGGGUAUGUCUCUAUAAGCUUGGCACAUCUAGCCACUGGGAUUUUUGCCCAUUCUUCAAGGCAAAACUGCUCCAGCUCUUUCAAGUUGGAUGGGUUCCACUGGUGUACAGCAAUCUUUAAGUCAUACCACAGAUUCUCAAUUGGAUUGAGGUCUGAGCUUUGACUAGGCCAUUCCAAGAGAUUUAAAUAUUUCCCCUUAAACCACUCGAGUGUUGCUUUAACAGUAUGCUUAGGGUCAUUGUCCUGCUAGAAGGUGAACCUCCGUCCCAGUCUCAAAUCUCUGGAAGACUGAAACAGGUUUCCCUCAAGAAUUUCCCUGUAUUUAGCGCCAUCCAUCAUUCCUUCAAUUCUGACCAGUUUCCCAGUCCUUGCUGAUGAAAAACAUGCCCACAGCAUGAUGCUGCCACCACCAUGCUUCACUGUUGGGAUGGUGUUCUCGGGGUGAUGAGAGGUGUUGGGUUUGCGCCAGACAUAAUGUUUUCCUUGAUGACCAAAAAGCUCAAUUUUAGUUUCAUCUGACCGGAGUACCUUCUUCCAUAUGUUUGGGGAGUCUCUCACAUGCCUUUUGGCGAACACCAAACGUGUUUGCUUAUUUUUUUCUUUAAGCAAUGGCUUUUUUCUGGCUACUCUUCCGUAAAGCCCAGCUCUGUGGACUGUACGGCUUAAAGUGGUCCUAUGGACAGAUACCCCAAUCUCCGCUGUGGAGCUUUGCAGCUCCUUCAGGGUUGUCCAUUUUUUAAUAAAGGAUUUAAUGGUGCUCCGUGGGAUGUUCAAAGUUUCGGAUAUUUCUUAAUAACCCAACCCUGAUCUGUACUUCUCCACAACUUUGUCCCUGACCUGUUUGGAGAGCUCCUUGGUCUUCAUGGUGCCGCUUGCUUGGUGGUGCCCCUUGCUUAGUGGUGUUGCAGACUCUGGGGCCUUUCAGAACAGGUGUACAUAUACUGAGAUCAUGUGACAGAUCAUAUGACACUUAGAUUGCACACAGGUGGACUUUAUUUAACUAAUAAUGCGACUUCUGAAGGUAAUUGGUUGCACCAGAUCUUAUUUAGGGGCUUCAUAGCAAAGGGCUGAAUACAUAUGCACACACCACUUUUCUGUUAUUUAUUUUUUAUUCCACUUCACCAAGUUGGACUAUUUUGUGUAUGUCCAUUACAUGGAAUCCAAAUAAAAAUCCAUUUAAAUUACAGGUUGAAAUGCAACAAAAUAGGAAAAACACCAAGGGGGAUGAAUACUUUUGCAAGGCACUGUAGCACAUGAUUUGCUAGAUACGCCAUAUGAUACUUUCCUGUACUGUGCUGUAGAUGGGUGGUUUUGAUAGCUUGCUUGCUUGUCAAGGCGAAUAGAAUAGAUUAAUUAACAUGUUAUCAUCUACUGCCCCUGUCUGUGAAGUACUGUAGUGAUGAAAGCUUAUAUUAUAUCCCUAAUGCCUGAUCAGACACCAACUGGUACACACAUAUAACUCUCCUCUCCCCCCCUACACCCCCUCCUCUACCCUCCUCACUCCCCAGCCCCAACCUGACAUGGAGGGACAUGCAGCACCUGUCCGUUCUGACCUCCAAGAGGAACCAGCUUCAUGAUGAGGUGCACCAGUGGCGGAGGAAUGGCGUGGGCCUGGAGUUCAACCACCUGUUUGGUUACGGUGUGCUGGACGCUGGCGGCAUGGUCAAGAUGGCCAAGGAGUGGAAGACCGUCCCUGAGCGUUUUCACUGCGUGGCUGGAUCAUUGCAGGAUGUC